AGGACCAAGAUGGCUGCCUCCGCUGCGUCUCUGCUGUCUCGGCUGCAGAGCUGCGCUGCCCCGUAACUCGGCUCACUGGUGAGCCAUGCCCACUGCAAGGAGGGCUCAGCGCGCAUGUGGAAGGCGCUCACCUUCUUCGUGGCGCUGCCCGUUGUGGCCCUGAGCAUGCUCAACGUCUUCCUCAAGUCGCAGCACGAGGAGCAGCCCUUUCCCUGGGGAGAUGGCAAUCACACCCUGUUCCAUAACUCACAUCCGAACCCCUUGCCAACCGGCUACAAAGAGACUAAUACGUGA